GAAUAAAACCAGAACAAAUUUCAAGCUGUUACGUAACGUAACUAGGUUAAUUCUAGCUGUCAGACAAAAUCUUUUAACACAAGGUACAGUAAUUGUGGCGGCGUUAUUACAAGGCGACGAGGAUAAUGUGUAACUGAUGUUUAACGAGCCGAAAGUAAGAAAAAGAUGAAGUCCGUACAAGAUGGCGUAUUGUUAUAAAUAUCGUAUAAAUGGAGAGGGUGAUGGUUGGAAUGGCGGAGGUGGCGGAUGUGGCGGGUGUGGAUCCGGGGGAGCCUGGGAUGAACCUGAUGGUGCUGUUGACGACACCGACGAGAAUGUCGAAGAGGAGCCGCCCGAAGAUGACAGAGAUUCGGGAACAACCGAGGAGAUGGAACGCUUGGACCAAAACUUGAUUGAGGAUAAUGAACUACACCAUGCGAAUACAUUCGAAGAAAAACCAAAAAAAUAUUUCGGGGGUCUUGGAUAUCUACUUACCCGAUUCAAGAGUACCGAUAAUCAAAAUAUACCUUUAAUACCGAAAGAGAGGACAAAGAAAUGUUUUUGCGGACGUUCAUUAGCGUUCUUGGUGAUAGUUUCUGGGUUUUUGUUUGGAUAUGACACUGGUGUAGUAUCGGGUUCUAUGCUCUUAAUUAGACCUUAUUUUAAAUUGAAUGUGAUAUGGACACAGGCGAUAGUGAGUGCUACGGUAGCAACUGGUGCUGCAGUGGCAGGAUUAGCUGAAUUUGUGGCAGAUAUCGUAGGACGAAAGAUUAUAAUUUUAUUAGGGGCUAUCAUAUUUACAUCUGGGGCUGUUAUUAUGGGGAUAGCCGAUAGCACCAUAAUGGUCAUUUCAGGGAGAAUUGUAGUAGGCUUAGCAAUGGGUUUGAGUACGGUUGUGGUACGAUUGUAUGUAAAAGAGUCGGCCCAUAUAUCCAAUAAGAAAUGGCUAAUUUCGAUGUUAAAUAUGUUUUUUACUGUGGGAAAUCUGGUCGCAAAUUUUCUGUGCAUGGUAUUGAGUUAUAUUGGUAUUUAUGUUGGUGACGAUACAAUGUGGAAAUAUGUUUUGGGAUUUGGUCUUGUACCUGCGGUUUUACAAUUCAUCGCUAUGUUUAUUUUACCCGAAUCUCCGAGAUGGCUGAUGGAGGAAGACGAUCCAGAGCAAGCGAGGGAGAAUUUAAUAACUUUACGGGGAACUGAUGAAAUAGAAGCAGAGUUGAAUCAGAUGCGCUUGGAUGUAGAGCAGGAGAAAAGAGAAGCUGAAAAGGAUAGUAGUGAUGAUGAUGAUUCUCCCUGGGGUGUUUUUGAAGAUGUUAUUGAUGAACUAGACGAUGAUGUAGAAGACACUUUUGACACACAAAAUGAAAACAGACCAAACCAAACAAAUAACGAUAAUUCAACGUCGCCCGUGGGAAAUAGAGGUGGCGCUUCUGACGGCAAAAGUGGAACAGGAAAUGAUGAAAACCCAAAUAGAAACGAAGGAGAAUUGAAGAGUGGAAACGGGGAUGAAUCGGCUCAAAAUGGCACAAGUAAUAAUAGUAUCACAGGAAAACACAACAGUUCAUCCGGAAACUCAUACCAGAGCGGCAAUAAUCCUGAUGUAGCAAAAGAUAAAAACACCUCUGGUGCGUCCCCUGAAGGAUCACCAGGAGCAACAUCCGAUCAGCCAGGCAACAUCUCAGAUAAUAGUUCAUCAACUGGAUCUAACAAUCCUAGCGGCACUGGAACAGACAAUGGCACGGGGGAUGGUAGUCAGAAUAACGGAACUAACAGUUCGGCCGGACAGGACAAUGGCAGGAACAGCACAGAUCCUCUGGGUACGGGUGGUGGGUCUAAUAACCAUAGCAAUACCCGAAAAGACAAUGGCGAUAGUACAGGUGCUGGUGCUAACAGUUCGGCCAAACAGGGCAGUGACGGAAACAGCACAGGUUCGCAGGGCACAAGCGAUGGGUCUGACACGCAUAACAGUACUGAAAGAGACAAUGGGAACGGCACAAAUGCUAAAGGGGAGAAUGGCCUAAGCAAUAGCUCAGCCAAACAGAGUAAUAGCAGUAACGGGACAAAUCCUCAUGAUACAAGUGAUUCUCCAGGAUCUAAAAAUCAUAGCGGCAAUGGAAAAAACAAUGGCAAUAGUACAGGCUCCAACGGCAAGAAUAAUGCAACUAACAGUUCUGCCGAACAGGGCACUGACAAUAAAAGCACAGGUCCUCAGGACACGGGUGAUUCUCCAAAUUCAAUAGGGUCUGGCAAUCAUAGCGGUACCGGAAACGAAAAUGGCAAUAGUACAGGGGCUAAAGGAAACAAUGGUUCAGGAACCAAUAAUCAGAGCGGCAGUGGACCAGAUGGACAAAGCAACACUCGAGACGGUACAGGAUCAACAAAUUCACCUUCAAACGGAGCUAAAAAUGGCAAACAUAAUCCGGGUAAACCAAACAGCAACAAUGGAAAGAAAAAGUCGAAUCCGAACUCAAAGGGAGGCAAAUCUUCUGUGGGUGCUAAUAAAAGCGAGUACACUCCUCUCGAAGGUAGUGCGAAACCAGCGCCGGGUCGUCCGGUCAUAGUGAGAAUAUGGAACAAACCGAAAGUACGACGACCGUUCCUGAACGUUUUGUUUUUGUUUCUCUUUCAACAACUAUCCGGUAUCAGUGUCCUCAUAUUAUAUGGCGGUUCUAUCAUAUUUCUGGCUGGCAUGUCAACCACCAUGUCUCUCGGUCUACUCAACCUCCCUAAUGGUCUUUACGUCAUAGCUACAUAUAUUUCUACUAAAAAGGAUACAUUGGAAGAUAACCGGAAGUUACUAUUGAUGGUCAGUUUCUUUGGUGUUUUUAUGGGAAUGUGUUUUAUAGCAACCGGGUUUCAGCUCCAGGAAUCAUAUAUAACACCUGUUAAUUACAUAGAGGAUUUAUCAAACGUUCAACUGAACGUCUCCGUCUAUCCAUACUGCAAUCAUUCUUAUUACUCGUCUUGUGAACUGUGUGUUAGGAACGGAUAUUGUGGUUUCUGUCAUCCAGUUGGUGAUUGGUUGAAUGGAUCGUGUUUACCAAUGCAAGUCAAUAAUACUCAACGAUCCGUGGUAGGAAGAUGUAACAUAUCACAUUAUCCCGGAGCUGAAUAUGAGUUUGUCGAUGCAUCAGGUGGCUGUCAUAAUUUCUCAUGGUUUGUUGUGGUCGGCAUGGUGGUUUUUGUUCUCUUCUAUGCACCAGGUUUAGGUCAAGUGACUCACAGUGAAGAUUCCGAAAGAUGCCCUGUCUGGGCCAGAAAAACUUCCAAUUCUAUUUCCAGAUCCGUCAACUGGGUGGCCAACCUCCUGAUAUCUAUGAGUUUUCUUCUGCUGGUUGAGGGCAUUACUACAUACGGAACCUUCUGGAUGUUUAGUGGAUUUUGUCUGUUCGCCUUUGUUUACGUUACGAAAUAUCUGGCCGAUGAUGAUUAAUGAACAAUAAAUAAAUAAAUAUAA